CGUUGCAGUUUUAUUUCAAGGAAAUUAUUAACUUAGCUCACAUUGUUUGAAAAUCUGUUCUAAAUGCUAUCUCAUCUGCUACUUUGGAUUACCCUAUUGUCCACGGUAACUCUCGGGAAAGUCAUCCACCGACCUGUAGGUCGUGGGAUCCGAGAGUUUAGUGGUUAUCCUGAGACAGAAGCUAUGGGUGUUGGAUCUCCUGCAUCCACGAGAUAUAAGAAGUCUCCACUACUAGAAGCUACAUACGUUUUCGACCCACAAUCCAGAAUUAUCCCGAGUAAAGAAAGACUUGGACUCAGCUCACGGUCCGUCGUCCAGUCACUAAGUCUUAGUGAGAACGAGGUGGUACAGGAAUCAUGCGUGACAGCCGACGGACGGGAGGGCACGUGCUAUGACGCAUCUGUCUGUAUGAAACGGGGAGGAGUUCCAAUGGGCCACUGUGUAGAAGAUAGUAGCAGUGUAUGCUGUUUGUUUGAGGUGUCAUGUGGCAACAGCAGUUACGAAGAAUUCACGUAUUUUAGGAACCCUUCCUUUCCUCAACCGUACGAAAAAGAACAGCUGUGUAGAAUCAAAGUCGGAAAGAGAAAGCCUAACAUUUGUCAAAUGCGUCUUGACUUUUUGGAACUGGACAUAGCUCGGCCUGUUGACGGCAACUGUUCGCAAGAUAUGCUGGUCAUUUCUGGACAAAACGAAAACAAUCUCGUCCCCCGAAUUUGUGGUCUAAACAGUGGCCACCACUUUUAUGUAGACGUAGACGAAUCAGGAAUGGUUAGUGUGCAUGUGAUGAUGAUCAACAGCUAUUCCAGAAAAUUUAACAUAAAAGUUACCCAGUUGGAGUGCCAAACUUAUGAAAUAGUUCCUCUUCAUUGCUUACAAUACUACACUGGAACUCACGGCGUUAUUAAGAGCUUUAAUUAUGAUGAAGAGGGUUCCACAGUUCAUCAAGGCUAUCCCAACAACCUAGAUUACACCAUUUGUUUAAAGAAAGAGCCAGGAUUUUGUUCCGUUUCAUACGAACUUGCUUCCGGUGUCUCGGGGAUUAAACCCUUCGGUGUAGGCUCGGUCACUGCAUCUUCAACGUCGACUGUCACAGCGCCAGUUGUUGCCGAGUGUCCGGAAGACUUCUUGGUGAUAGGAGGGAUCCGACUGUGCAGUGGACGUGUAGCUGCCUCUACAAGUAUUGUAAGAGGUCGUGAAACAAACACAACUACUUCUAGACUAUUAACAGAUUCGACACCGGGUCCAUUUUUAGUGAGAUUCGUCUCAGAUCAUGCAAAAAACGCUCGAGGCUUCAAUCUUCAAUAUCGACUGAACCCUUGCAAAUAAAAAAAUGAAAACGAAAAUUUAACUAUCCUAUAACAAAACGGAUGUUUUAUCCUACAUCCGACUGACUUGAGUUUUAAUAUUUUAUACUUUCUCAUAUGUAAAAUCUAUGUUUCGUUUAUGUUUAACGUGCACAUUUGCUCUUCGUUUUUAUUUAGUGAGUAUAUAAUUUGACAAUGCACUAUGUUUCUAUUUUAGACAAGUAGACGAAGAAAACUAUUUGGAAUAGUUAAAUGGGCAAGGGAAAAGGUAAAACCGGAUCUCUGUUCUUUUUUUGUUGAUGUUUUUUGUAUGUCCAAACCUAGAUUAGAAGUUUUUUUUCAAUAUUUUUC